UCUAUUUUUAAGCAUUUCUUGGUUGAAAUAAACCAACUUAUUUGGAUAACUAGCUUAGCUGAGAGCCUGAAACCGCUAAAUUUCUAAACUUUUUCUACAACUCCACACUUCUCAACUUCAAUGGUGUGACAAAUAUUAUUACAUCCUAGUAUAUGGUUGCAUGGUACAAGUAAUGUUCAAGAAUUGUGAAACUAAUUUACAACCAUGUCUUUAACACUAUGCAAUCAUCUUCACUCUUCGUGCACUUUGAUUUCUUCACUCCAAGAAUCACAGAAUUUCAUCAAUUUAAGACCCAAUUCACUCAAAUUUAGGCUAGAUAAGUCAAGGAUCCGAUUGGUGUACCCGACCCGGAGAAAAAGGGUAUCUAGUUUUGCUUCUGUUAAUGGGUAUUCUGCUGUGCCAGGGAGUGAUUCAGAUGAAACCCAUGUGGAAUUUGGGGAGAAAGUUCGAAACUUUGUCGAAAAUUUCAUGGCUUUUUUGCCUGGAGGAAAGUGGUGGAAGUUUGAUGAUGAUGUGCAGAUUGAAAUGAUGGCUAAGCCUGUGACUGUUUGGAAGGCGCUUUCGAGAAUGUGGGAGCUUAUAAGUGAAGAUAGAGUGCUCGUUUUUGCUGCUUUUGCUGCUCUCAUUGUUACUGCUCUUUCUGAGAUCUCCAUUCCACAUUUCUUGACAGCCUCUAUAUUUACUGCUCAAAGUGGUCAAGUCGCAGUAUUUCAUCGGAAUGUGCGCCUUUUAGUUGUACUAUGUGUCACAUCUGGAAUAUGCAGUGGUCUGCGAGGUUGCUUUUUUGGCAUUGCGAAUAUGAUUCUUGUAAAGCGAAUGAGGGAAACAUUGUAUUCCACCCUCCUUCUUCAGGACAUCUCAUUCUUUGAUGCGGGGACUGUUGGUGAUUUGACUAGUAGGCUUGGGGCAGAUUGUCAGCAAGUAUCUCGUGUCAUCGGAAAUGAUUUGAAUCUGAUUUUCCGCAAUGUUCUCCAGGCCUCAGGUGCUUUAAUCUACUUGUUGGUAUUGUCAUGGCCUCUUGGUCUGAUAACCUUGGCAAUAUGCUGUGCUCUGUUUACUAUCAUGCUCUUCUAUGGAAAGUACCAGAAGAAAGCAGCUAAGCUGACUCAAGAGUUCACUGCUUCUUCCAACGAAGUUGCGCAAGAGACACUCUCUCUGAUGCGUACGGUUCGAGUUUAUGGAACAGAGCAACAUGAAACUCGAAGGUAUAAUAAGUGGCUUGAUAGGUUAGCUGAUAUAAGUUUGCGGCAGAGUGCGGCUUAUGGAAUAUGGAACCUCAGCUUUAAUACUCUUUAUCACUCAGUGCAGGUUACGGCUGUGCUGAUUGGAGGAAUGUCUAUUUUAGCUGGUACUUUGACGGCUGAGCAACUUACGAAAUUCAUAUUGUACAGUGAAUGGUUGAUUUAUUCAACUUGGUGGGUGGGGGACAAUGUGUCAUCGCUGAUGCAAUCUGUUGGGGCAAGUGAAAAAGUGUUUCAGUUGAUGGACCUUUCACCAAGUGAACAGUUCACGCAUCAAGGAUUAAAGUUGGAAAAACUUGAUGGUCAUAUUGAGUUUAAGGAUGUUUGUUUUUACUAUUCGUCGAGAGAAACGGUUUCUGUACUACAAUACAUAAACCUCGUGGUGCAUCCGAGUGAAGUUGUUGCAAUUGUUGGUCUAAGUGGUAGCGGGAAAAGCACUCUUGUGAAUCUUUUGCUUCGACUGUAUGAGCCAAAAAGUGGUCAGAUUUUGAUUGAUGGUUAUCCUCUUAAAGAUUUGGACACAAAGUGGAUGAGGGAGAGAAUAGGAUAUGUUGGACAGGAGCCCCGACUUUUCCACAUGGAUAUAAGUUCAAACAUACGAUAUGGUUGUACUAGAGAGAUAACACAAGAGGAUGUGGAAUUGGCUGCAAAGGAGGCCUAUGCUCACGGAUUUAUCUCAGCUCUGCCUAAUGGGUAUCAAACUAUCGUCGAUGAUGAUUUACUUAGUGGAGGACAGAAGCAAAGAAUUGCAAUUGCACGGGCCAUCAUUAGGGAUCCAAGCAUUUUGAUCCUCGAUGAAGCAACUAGUGCUCUAGAUGCAGAGAGUGAGUACAAUGUCAAGGGUGUUAUCCGUGCUGUCAGAAAUGAUUUGAAGAGUAGGAGAACUGUUGUGGUAAUUGCACACAGACUUUCAACUAUACAAGCUGCGGAUAGAAUAGUGGUAAUGAAUGGCGGUCGAAUAGUUGAGACCGGCAGUCACAUGGAGCUACUCAAGAAAGACGGUAUGUAUUCGCAGCUGACAGGGAAACAGGCUGGUGCAGUGGCAUGAUCUUGAGCAAAAUCGGCAUAAUAUCAAGCCAAACCUCCCAUAUCAUACACCUACGAUUCGAUGCAGUAUGAAGCUGGACAGUUAGAAUACCAUUAGAUACAUAUUUCUUAUGACUUCCUUUGCAAAUCCCAAUCAUUUGUGAACAUAUAGGAAGAACUGGAGAAGCUCUUGAUAGUUUUUGAAAAAAGAGCUACAGCCCCAUGAAAAUUCUUGUACUAUUUGUACUUCAGUGCAUAAGGUGGGAAGAGCCCUGAGAUGUAAAGGAGCUGGUUUAUAUCAGAAAAUGUUUCAUACAUAAAAUUGGGUACAAAGUAGAAUAUGGCAUAUAUAAAAUUUUGAUUUAAAUGAGCUUA